CGAAUUAAUAAGCACGGCUCCGUUGCUUCACGAACUCUCCUCUUUCUUUUUCCUCCACCUCUAUCGCUCCUCCUUCCCCCGGACUCCACCUCAACCCCCUCUCCGUCGCGUCGCCGCGGAGCCCUAGGACGGCGCCGCCGCCCUACCGCCAUGGCGCAGCCGUCGCAGGAGGCGAUCGAAACUUUCAUCAGCAUCACCGGCGCCGACGAGGCUGUCGCUGCCCGCAAGCUCGAGGAGCAUAGCGGUGACCUAAAUGAAGCGGUGAAUGCAUACUUCAAUGAAGGAGAUAGAUCCACCACCAGAAUCAAUCAGAAUCCUAUACCUGACAGUCAUGAUGAUAUUAUGGAUCUGGACGAACCAUUUGAUCCUAUGUUUAGCCGAUCUAUGGGCAACCCUUUUGGUAUUUUGGACCCAAGUUUUGUUGAGAGAGCCGCUGCUGGUUUCUUUGGUCAGGGACCUCAGGUUACACAUCCCAGGGAUGUGCGGCAGAUACCUAUUGAAGUUAAAGACCCUGAUAAUCCUCAAAUUGGAAGUUCUGGUCAGGGUCCUGUUAUUGAAGAUGUUACUGGACGUGAGUCUUCAUAUGGUCUGGAGGUUCAUGGGACUGUUGUCAUUGAUGAGGAUGAUGAUGACUUGCCAUCUACCCAUGCUCCUGUUAUCCCAAGAAAUACUCCAAGCACAUACAAUUCUGCACCAAGUGCUCCUCCAUUGGUGGAUGUUAGUGACUAUAACAAUGACAUAGAAGAGGAGAUGAUCCGUGCAGCAAUUGAAGCAUCAAAAAGGGAUGCGGAAGGACUUACAAAUGUAGCAGAGCGAGAGAGAGUUCUACUUCAAGAGGGAAUGCAUGCGGUUGAUAAUUCUUCUGAUUUAUCUGAUAAGGAGGACAUUGAAGGAGCAAGUGAGGCAGUUGAAAGUUGUAGGCAAGUACUAACCACAGGGCAAGCUGGAACUUCUAGGCAAUUGGUUGAUGAAGAGAACUUCCAAGACGAUAUUGAAGAUGUUGACGAAGAACCUUUAGUUAGACAACGUUCUAGGCGUGUUCUAUCUGGAACUGCCGGGCCAACAGAAGCAGUGCAAAGGGCUGACAGUCCUCCCUCGGGCCCUCAUUCUCAUGGUACUGAAAAUGCUCACCAGCAUAAUGGAGCUUUCCCCUCAGAGUGGGGAGGCAUUUCUUCUGAAGAGCACGAUGAAGCUGUUAUGCUUGAGGCUGCUAUGUUUGGUGGGAUUCCUGAACACACAGAAUAUCCAUUUCCCCUCCCAUCUCAUGGAAUCUCAACUGGCUAUCCCCGAGUAGCACAUCCUCCAUCACCAACAUUAACUGCACAGAGGUUGUUAAGGGAGCAGCAGGAUGAUGAGUAUCUUGCAGCCCUCCAAGCUGAUAGAGAAAAAGAGUUGAAGGCUGUGGAGGAUGCUGAGCUCCGUAGAUUAGAAGAAGUUGCUGCAAGAGAAGCUGCUAUUGAAAUGGAAAAGCAAAAGAACGAGGAAAAGCUGAGAAAACAACUUGAGGAAGAGGAGUUGGAGUCCAUGCUUGCAGCCAAGCGAACAUCAUUACCAAAGGAGCCACUGCCAAAUGCUGAAGGAGCCGUCACAGUUGUAGUUCGCAUGCCUGAUGGUAGUCGCCAGGGAAGGCGCUUUUUGAAAUCUGACCAGCUCCAGGCCCUUUUUGAUUUCAUUGACAUCAGCAAGACAUUCAAGCCUGGAACCUAUAGACUGGUGAGAUCUUACCCCAGGCGUGCAUUCACCGACGAGGAGUGUCAGAUGUCGUUGAGUGAUGUGGGUCUCACCAGCAAACAGGAGGCCUUGUUUCUAGAACAAAUUUCAGGAUAGUGUGAAGGAUUUAGUAAUGGAUGGCAUCCAACUGGGGAUUCAUAUUUUUUACUUCUAUCUGUCAUAUGUUGAUGAAAAGUUAGCAAGGUUUCUCGUGAACCUCCGCGUCGAGAAAGGUCUCAUUAUCCUCUUUUGUUUUAUGAUCCGAUGUUAGUAAGUUCCAUUGUGUACUCGGUGCCGCAAUCCCACUUUAGGCAUGCAGUCAGGAUGUAUAUACAGUGCUCUUUUGUUAUCUAAACUAAUGGAUUGCAUGCUAAGUUUUUUGA